GUUACGUCUCCUCACACCUGCCGCGAAGUUGUGUUGCCAUGGCGAGCGCGAGGGCCCUCGUGACGGGUUGAAGGAGGCUGCCAUUACCCUAAUUGAAGCUUGAAAGAUGGCAACAACUUGUUCUUCAGAGCGGCAGAAACUGUAAUUAGGGUGCACCAGGUCGUGGAGAUCUGGAGAAAAAAUCUACUUAUAAUACCAACGAGUUUAGCCGUCACUUGAAAGACCCUCAGAAGAUCGGGAUUUACUUAAAAGCUUUUGGCUGAAAAUAUUCUCAUUUGAGAAAGAGAAAAACAAUUUUGGAGGAAUUCAGAAGAUUCCUGGCCGUUCUAUCAGUUAUUGCUGUGUAUCUCGGUGGUAUCUCAGUUCUAGGGUUUUACCUCAGCAGUAGUGUGGACUACAAUCUCCGGGUGCCAAGCGUGCAUGGCGUUCUCGUGUUUCCGUGAUAUUCUAAUCAAGUUGUGGAUAAACAGACUGCUAAUAUGAAAACAACCACAUUAACUUGUGUAUUCAGGUUGUCACUGCAGAUACUGUGUCUACUUGUUCAGUGAGGAUAGAAAGCGUAAUAGCUCGUCAUAAUCCAAGAAUGGCGGGGGGCGAGGAGAACGGUCGACUCACCUCUGGGGGACGAGACAUGAAUAUUCUGGUCCUGGGAAUGGACGGAGUCGGGAAAACAGCUCUGAUAGUUCGUUACAUUACGAAGAGAUAUAUUGGGGACUACGACCCGUACUCGGAAGCAAUGUACACCUCUAACUCCGUGAUUGACGGCAAACCAGUAACCUUGCGGGUGAUAGACACAGUCGGUUUGGAGAAGAACAGCAAAAGGUCAGAGCAGAUAACGUGGGCCGAUGGGUUCGUGCUGGUUUUCUCCCUCACCUGCAGGAAAAGUUUUGAAGCGGUGAAAAGAAUCAAAGAACACAUCAAUGAACUUAGGCAAGACACAAAGAUACCCAUGAUACUUGUCGGAAAUAAAGCGGAUUUGUCCCACGCCCGCGCGGUCAAACCGGUAGAAACCCGAGGCCUUGCCACGGACUUGCAGUGCCAGAUGUUUGAAACGUCUGCCAGUGAUAACUACGGCAGUGUUGUGAACGCCUUUCACGCCCUCUAUCGGGAGGUGCGGACAGUACUGAAGCAAAGAGAAAAAGUGAAAAAGGUGAUGCAGAAGCCCGGUAUUUCUAAGAAACUCCAAAUUGCAAACGCUUUGAGGAACUUACGAGAGUUUCGAAUCAGGACCUAUACUGUUUGACGAGUAUUUGAUUUGUUUUUUU